UCGCAGCUUCGUCAAUCUGGUGAGAGAAGAGACGAUCAUGGAAGGUCUGCCGAGACUUCGAUUAGCCCUAAUUUUCUCAGUCGUCGCAUACUUGUUAGUGCUCGUCAGAUCGUCUUCUCCCUCUUCUCCGGAACUCCAGAUCGUCAGUGCCGAACGCCGAAUUGACUUAACUUCGCACAUUGUGAGGGUUUACUUGACGUUGAAGGUUGAAAAUAAUGGGAAUUCUCCUGCUUCAGAAGUCCUCCUUGCUUUUCCUCCUACACAGAUUGAUCAUAUAGCACUGGUCAAAGCAGCAGCUGUUUUCGGAAAGAAGAAGAAAAAGUCUUAUCUGCCUCUUGAUGUAAACCCAACUGACCUGCCUGAUGGGCCAAAUGGAACUAAAUACUUCUGUAUAUUGUUAUCCAAACCAUUGGGCAUGGGUGAAUCUAUAACACUAGAAGUGUUUUACACAUUGACACACUCUCUCGAACCUUUCCCAGUAGAGAUAAGCCAGUCAGAGACACAAUUGGUUUAUUACCGUGAUGGUGCAGCAAUACUGUCACCUUAUCAUAUUAAACAACAGAUAACAUUAAUCAAGACGCCAAGUACUAAGGUGGAGUCAUUCACUAGAGUGGAGCCAGUUUACCAUGCAGGUACAGAGAUAAAGUAUGGGCCAUAUAGUGAACAUCCACCGUAUUCAUUUUCUCCCAUACUUGUUCAUUUUGAGAAUGACAAUCCAUUUGCCGUUGUUGAGGAGCUUGUGCGUGAAUUGGAAAUAUCUCAUUGGGGUAGCAUUCAGAUUACAGAGCAUUACAAGCUGGUUCAUGCUGGUGCUCGACAUAAAGGCGUGUUUUCAAGGGUUGAAUAUCAGUCUAGACCAUCUUUUAGUGGCGUGUCCUCAUUCAAGCUUCUUCUUGCAAGACUACCUCCUAGGGUUCACUCCGUCUACUACCGGGAUGAAAUAGGGAAUAUUUCAUCAUCACAUUUACGUACAGAUUCUAGGAAGUCGGAACUGGAAAUAGAGCCAAGAUAUCCUUUAUUUGGGGGUUGGAAGACUACUUUUAUCAUUGGAUAUGGGUUACCGUUGCAAGACUUCCUUUUUGAGUCACCUGAUGGCAGGCGUUAUCUUAACUUUACCUUUGGAUGUCCUCUUGCUGAGACAUUGGUAGACAAGUUGACCAUCAAAGUGGUGCUGCCAGAAGGAUCAAAAAACCCUUCUGCUGCGGUUCCUUUUCCAGUGGAACAACAUCUGGAGACCAAAUAUUCAUAUCUUGAUGUUGUUGGAAGGACCGUGGUGGUUUUGGAAAAGAAAAAUGUUGUUCCUGAGCACAACUCUCCCUUCCAGGUUUACUACGAAUUCAAUCCAAUUUUCAUGCUUGCAGAGCCAUUGAUGUUGGCAUCUGUAUUUUUCUUAUUUUUCAUGGCUUGCGUUGCUUACCUACACGUAGAUGUUUCCAUUCGCAAGUGAAAAGCUUCACCGGUCAAUCGCUUCAACUUUGCCGGCGUGACUAGAGCAUAUAACAAGUAGUGAGAGAUCCUCAGUCUGUCGAUGUUAGAAGUUCUAUUUGUGUUCCUUUUUGGUAAAAUUAGAUUUUCGAAAACUUUGUUCAAUACAAGAGGUCAAUGUCAUAAAUAUGUUGUUUGGACAUUGUUCCCUUUAGCGAGAUUAAACACAAGCCCAAACUUUCCAUGGAACACCAAAAUGAUGUGUUAUUAUAAAAACUAAAAGGACUCGGAAUAUUUUGGAAAGAAAAUAUAUUCUAUUCCUUCUUGUGGAA